AAGUUGUAAUUGUACUAAAAUGGUCACGUAAGGAAUGGAAUCGUGUGUGAGUCAUAACAGUACCAUUGAGGCAGCACCACACUCCAAGCUACUGUGAUAUAGAUAGUAGGGGCUGUUAUCUAAGACUUUGACCGCUGCGUAAACCGCAUCAUCCGCGUAAAUAUGAGAAUGACUCAUCGCAUUUUAACCAUCAAUUUUUUCACCCCCCCUUUUGGGAGGGCAAAUUAUAAAAGGGCACAUAUUUGGCUCAGUGAAAUUUUUUUCUUCAGAUAUAAUCUUAAUCAAUUAAAAUGGGUAAGGAAAAGAAUCACGUUAACGUCGUCGUCAUUGGUCACGUCGACUCUGGUAAGUCUACCACCACCGGUCACUUGAUCUACAAGUGUGGUGGUAUUGACAAGAGAACUAUCGAAAAGUUCGAAAAGGAAGCCGCUGAAUUGGGUAAGGGUUCUUUCAAGUACGCUUGGGUUUUGGACAAACUUAAGGCUGAAAGAGAAAGAGGUAUCACCAUCGAUAUCGCUUUGUGGAAGUUCGAAACUCCAAAGUACCAAGUCACCGUUAUCGAUGCUCCAGGUCACAGAGAUUUCAUCAAGAACAUGAUCACUGGUACUUCCCAAGCUGACUGUGCUAUCUUGAUUAUNGCUGGUGGUACCGGUGAAUUCGAAGCUGGUAUCUCCAAGGACGGUCAAACCAGAGAACACGCUUUGUUGGCUUACACCUUGGGUGUUAAGCAAUUGAUUGUUGCUGUCAACAAGAUGGACUCCGUCAAGUGGGACAAGAACAGAUUCGAAGAAAUCAUCAAGGAAACCUCUAACUUCGUCAAGAAGGUCGGUUACAACCCAAAGACUGUUCCAUUCGUCCCAAUCUCUGGUUGGAACGGUGACAACAUGAUUGAAGCCUCCACCAACUGUCCAUGGUACAAGGGUUGGGAAAAGGAAACCAAGGCUGGUAAGUCCUCUGGUAAGACCUUGUUGGAAGCUAUUGACGCUAUCGAACCACCAACCAGACCAACCGACAAGCCAUUGAGAUUGCCAUUGCAAGAUGUCUACAAGAUCGGUGGUAUUGGUACUGUGCCAGUCGGUAGAGUUGAAACCGGUGUCAUCAAGGCCGGUAUGGUUGUUACCUUCGCCCCAGCUGGUGUUACCACUGAAGUCAAGUCCGUCGAAAUGCACCACGAACAAUUGGCUGAAGGUGUCCCAGGUGACAACGUUGGUUUCAACGUCAAGAACGUUUCCGUCAAGGAAAUCAGAAGAGGUAACGUCUGUGGUGACUCCAAGCAAGACCCACCAAAGGGUGCUGAAUCUUUCAACGCUCAAGUUAUUGUCUUGAACCACCCAGGUCAAAUCUCCUCCGGUUACUCUCCAGUUUUGGACUGUCACACCGCCCACAUUGCCUGUAAGUUCGACACCUUGAUCGAAAAGAUCGACAGAAGAACUGGUAAGGUCAUGGAAGCCAACCCUAAGUUCAUCAAGUCUGGUGAUGCUGCUAUCGUCAAGAUGGUCCCAUCCAAGCCAAUGUGUGUUGAAGCUUUCACUGACUACCCACCAUUGGGUAGAUUCGCUGUCAGAGACAUGAGACAAACUGUCGCUGUCGGUGUUAUCAAGUCUGUUGAAAAGUCCGACAAGGCUGGUAAGGUCACCAAGGCUGCCCAAAAGGCUGGUAAGAAGUAAGCUACUUGAUUGUAUCUAUUAGAGCCUGUUGGUAAUAUAUAGUUUAUAAUU